UCGAAAUAAUGAGAUACAAUUAAAACUUUCACAUAUAUUUCAAUUUUAAGGGUGAUUUAGUUAAAUUAUAGUGUGUUACUUUUUAUGCUAAAAUGUUAGAAAAGGUAGAUCAAUCUAGGGACCGCGUAGGACAUACAAGAGUGCAAUGGAUUUGGGCUUUAAUAGCGAAUUCGACGUUAUUUAUAUAUGGUCUAGAAACAGGCUGGAUGUCACCUAUGACAAAAGUGCUGCAAUCUGAUCCUUCGCCGAUUGGAGCAGCUCUUUCUGACAAUGAGAUCUAUUUGGUGGCGAGCAUUUUGUUCAUGACUGCCACAUUAAGUGUUCCUUUUUAUACUUAUAUCUCUGACUGUUACGGUCGUCGACCUGCAAUAAUGUGUGUUACUGUUUUCGAAGGGCUAUCUUGGAUAAUCAAAGUAUCAUCACCAACACGCAUAGGUCUUAUUGUCGCACGAGCAAUCGCAGGUAUUGGAGCAUCUGGAUGUUUCCUAGUCAUACCAAUGUAUGUGAAAGAAAUCAGCCAAGACAAUAUCCGUGGUCUACUCGGAUCUCUGAUUAUUAUGGCGCAGAAUGUAGGAGUGUUACUCAUGUACACUAUUGGAACGUUCCUCGAUUACUUUACUGUUUUAUGGAUUGCACUUUCGAUGUCCAUCUUGGUUGUUAUUUUAAUGUUGAAAGCACCUGAAUCACCAGCGUUUCUUGUCAAGAGGAGUAAAUUUGAGGAAGCUGUAAAGACGAUAGCUCAUCUCCGAGGUGUGGAAGUUGACAGUGCAAUAGUUCAAAAAGAAAUUGACGUAAUGAGGAAACAAGAAUUAUAUUACCAAUCAGUGCCUAGGAUUUCAUUAUUAUCCAUAAUACAGAAUAAGAACUGGCUUCGGAUAGUUAUUCUGAUCCUCUUAAUGAUAACUGUCCAUGCGACGAACGGUGCGGUGUCAGUCAUCACAUAUGGUGCUAGUACCCUCACAGCCAGCGGGAUCCAGUACAGCAUCAGUCCAGACAUUCAAUCGCUGAGCUUCCCUGUAAUGAUGAUCAUUGGUUCAUUGGUGCUGAUGGCUACAGUCGAGAGGUUUGGACGAAAGCCACUCAUGGGAGUCUGCUUGAUGUUAUCCGUAUGCUCUAUGGCUGCCUUGGGAGUUGCGCUACUACUCCAGUCCAGUGGCAUCAGUCCACCCAACUGGUUACCUGUCUUGGCUAUGGUCGGUAUUGUAUUCGGAUAUGCGACUGGCGUCUCACCCCUGCCGUUUAUAAUUAUGUCGGAGAUAUUAAACUUUCAGAUUCGUGCAAAGGUGAUGGGUUUGGUGGUGACAUAUUCUUGGUUCAUGAACUUCAUGCAGCUCAUUAUUUACGGCCAGAUAUCAAUGUAUUUAGGAUAUCAUUCUACUUUUUUCUUCUUCGCCGGAUUAAAUCUCUUUGGAUUCUUCGUCAGUCUCUUCUUACUGCCAGAGACUAAAGGAAAGAGCGACGAGGAUAUAGAAACUUGUGACUCCCAUUUUUAUCCAAAACGGGGCAGAUACUCCAAUCCGCUGUACGCUAACGCCAGUCCUGGACUUAUAAUUACUCAUAGGACGUUACUUGUCCUAAAGCCUUAA